AUGGCUAUCCCAUUCAACGGCAUUGAACGGCGUAUGACAGACCAAUUGAAUAGAUGUGUUAUAACGAAUGAGACUGGUCAUAGCAGCGGUGAUUCAAAUAAGUAUGCAAACAUCAACAACAAGCGCAAAGUUUCCCACGAAGUUCAAGCCCAAAACGUCCGCCAGAACCUUCAACCCUCUCAUCAGCACAAAGACUCCAAAACUGCAGAUGAGAAGGAACGCAAAGAUCUUCUAAAACCCGGAGAAAUGGUGAAGAAUCGGUGGCGAAUAGUGAGUAAAAUUGGUGGCGGUGGGUUCGGAGAAAUUUAUCAGGCAGUUGAUACCCAGGUGGAUUCAGAAAAGGUAGGACGCAAUGGUCCUGACAUGCAAGAUCUUUGUACUUUUUGCUCCAUCAGAAGUGGUAGUCAGCCGCAGCGCCACAUCAGCGUAGCUGCCAUGACCACGAGCACACCCAGCUUACGUCUUCAACGUUGUUCAGGCUGUGGAAGAGAAUGUUAUCCGAGUUCCGCCACAUCCAUGGGAAAGUCUGGACUCGUGCGAAAAUUUAGCGAGGAUGGACUCGACUCCGCAGACUCGGGUAUCUCCUCAAGUCAUUUAGAGCGCACGUCGACGUUAGAUAACUACAUUGUCGCGGUGAAGGCGGAAUCCAAUACUCAGUCCAAACAAAUGCUUUCCAUGGAGGUAGCAGUCUUGCGAAAGUUAAAGGGUAAAAAGAAUUUUUGCGAACUCCUGACUUGUGGCAAAACCCAACGAAUCAACUACAUUGUCAUGACACUUCAGGUAGACUUCAUUUUAAACACAAAAUAA